AGCAGCAGCAGCAGCAGCAGCAGCAGCAGCAGCAGCAGCAGCAGCAGCAGCAGCAGCAGCAGCAAAGGACAACGAUGCUUUGCCGGAUGCACCUCGCUCCAUUCGCCUCCAGCUCCCUGGCCACCCGGCUGGGCACGGUGAGGACCCUCUGGCCGCACGCAGAGACCAUCUUCAGCGAGCUGCAGCAGGAGAUGGAGAAGGCUCGGCAGUUCAUGAGCAGCUUCGAGCAGCUCCUGAGCAGCCACGGACCCAUCACCGCGGAGCAGGCACCCAGCAGCAGCGCGGCCCUGACCCAGGGCUCUGGGGAGGGCUUCUCCGUCUGCCAGGACGUGAAGGACUUUGCCCCCGAGCAGCUGUCGGUGAAGGUGGUGGGCAGGAAGGUGGUGCUGGUGGGGCAGAAGGAGACGCAGAGCACGGACGAGAAGGGCUCCUUCUCCUACAAGUACGAGGUGCUGAAGCGCGAGUGGGACGUGCCCGAGGAGGUGGACGCCGAGGCGCUGACCUGCUCCCUGUCCGGGGAGGGGCAGCUCCGCAUCGAGGCCCCCCGGCUGGCCCUGCCGCCGCCCAACGAGAGGAACGUGCCCAUCCAGCUGCCAGCAGCGGCGGCACAGCCAGCGGCCAACGCCGAGGACGGAGCAGAGCGGGCCAAGGCGUGACGGAGCAGCGCGGGGCCGGGCUGAGCCCGGUGCUGGGGCACCGCCGGCCGCAGAGCGGGGCCGUGCCGGCCCUGACGAGUGGGGGAUCUCUGGCCAAAGCGUGUAGAUUUUUUUGAUAUGUAAUAAAUGUCCCUGACUUUUA